GUCUCUGAUGGUUUGGAUCCUGCUUUCCAUGUGGAGAGCACUACCAUUAUACUAGGAGAAGAAAAGAGUAUGCCUUUCUGUGUAUUUUGAACAGGAACCACGAACCAAAGCCUUGUGCUAGGAAUUUACACUUCUGUAACAGUCGCAGCGUUUGCUCAGACAUUUGGUGUUAAUAGUCUCCUGAUGACUGAUUCUCAGAAAGGUGAGAUCACUUAUUCUGGUACACAUGGCCAGCUUAGGUGGAGAAGACCUGGAUGUCAAAAUUUUUUCCUCCAAAUCAGAAACUCGGCAUGAAAGGAUGUACCUUUUGCCUUCCUAAUUCCCUUCCUCUACCUUAAACAGACCGGGUGGAGGAUCUCAGCCACAUCCAGUCCUCCCUCGGGACAAGGGAACCGUUACACUUCUUUGGGUGAACCCUCGACUGAGACUAGCACUGGGCUGUCAGCAAGACAGGAUAGAAUCUUGUCUCCUGGUUGUGCCUGACCCUUCAAACCAAAGUCCGUCCUGCGGGCUACCUGGUCGUCGACCCUGUUUGAAGAUCAAAACCAGGAGCCCUUCUUCCUUGCCUCAGUCGAAGUGGUUGGAACCACGACUGUGGGACUGAGUUUCCCAGGCUACUUUCUGGAAUGGGAGUCCAGCAGAGAUGCGGGUGACACCUAGGCAGAGGCAGGACCUGCGACCCAGCUUCUUCGAGGCUAUCUUGCGCGUGGUCCCUGAAUUUGGAACUCAGACGGUGCAUCAGCGGCCCCGUGGGCAAGGCGCUCUGGACUCCGGCAGCGGCAGCGGCACGGACACGGGUCCAAGCCACCUGCCCGCUGCACCGCGACGAGAGCCCCCAGCAGCGGCUUCCCGAGGCCGCUGGGCUCUGACCCCCUCGCGCCCCCGCGCGUCCAUCUCUGUUCCCAGCGCGGUGCAAGUGAUGUAAGGCGGCCAGGCUCGCGCGUUUUUUCCUGCCGGGACGGAGUCCUCCCUCCUCGCUGGCAGCGCCGCGCGCCCACUCCGAUCCGCUGCGCCCAGGUUCCCAGGCUCCGCUUCCUGAGCUCUGGCGACUGCUCCCAGCGGCUGGGAAAGACCCUCCUCCCCUAUCCCACCUCCCUCCUCCCCUCCCCACCCCCCUCCUGUGCAGAGUUGGUGGGGAAAACCAGGCUUGGCUCUCAGAAUCCAAGGAGAGAACCGAGGGACAGCUAACUGGAGACGCUGAGAGGUGGCAGGAACCUUCAGAAAAGGAAAAGGGGUACUCUCUGGCUACCAGGCAGCCCCCAACCUGGAUGGAGUAAAAGAUGAGACCUGAUGACAUAAAUCCGAGGACUGGGCUGGUGGUGGCCCUGGUCAGUGUUUUCCUGGUCUUCGGUUUCAUGUUCACUGUCUCUGGCAUGAAGGGGGAAACUCUGGGGAACAUCCCUCUGUUGGCCAUUGGGCCAGCCAUCUGCCUUCCAGGCAUUGCGGCCAUUGCUCUGGCCAGGAAAACCGAAGGCUGCACCAAAUGGCCGGAGAACGAGCUACUGUGGGUCCGCAAGCUGCCCUGCUUCAGGAAGCCCAAGGACAAGGAAGUAGUGGAACUCCUGAGGACCCCAUCAGAUCUGGAGUCCGGCAAGGGGAGCUCCGAUGAACUCGCUAAGAAGGCAGGCCUCAGAGGCAAGCAACUCCCACAGGGACCAGGUGAGGUGCCUAUGGCCAGCUCCAUUACUACCCCCACUCCCACAGAGGAAGGAGAAUGCCAGAGUCUAGUUCAGAGUGGGAGGCAGGAGGAAACAUCCAGAUAUCUGGAUGGCUACUGCCCCUCGGCCAGUUCCCUCGCCUACAGUGCCUUGGAUGCCAAGUGCUCAGGCUGGGACAGAUCUGACCGCCCUGAACCCGAGGACAGCAUCUUCUUUGUGCCCCAGGACAGUAUCAUCGUUUGCUCCUACAAGCAAAACAGCCCCUAUGACAGAUACUGUUGCUACAUCAACCAGAGCCAAGGCAGGUGGGACCACGAGACAAUAGUCUGACCUGUGCACACAAGGGUCCCAUGUUGACAGACACGCCGCUCUACUCAGCUCCCAAGGGAAGAGCAUCUCUGCUCCGACAGCCUUCACACUGUUAGGAACUGGCAUGGUAUGUGAUGGGGUGCAGACCUCUGGUGCCUGAUACUCGUGUAAAUAGGCAUGUUGGGGGCAUAUUUUAGGGAAGUACAGAGAAUUAAGGACAGUGAAAAGAGGCAGGAAACAGAAAAGAAAGUUUGGUCUGCUUCUGAACAAGGUAAACGAUGUUGAAUGCUUUGCAAAACAGUCCCAAAAUGUUGGUCAUCAGGUGAGUCUAGAGGGCUUCAGCUGCCGGGUAUCAAAGGCUGCAGGAACUAUUCACACAAAAACUGACUGCUUUGCGUCUGAAAAAUGUGAAGGAAAAUUGUAUGUUUCUUUGUAUGAUUUUUUUUUUUUUGCCGGAUGAUAGCUUUCCACACGUGGUAAUUGCUGAGGCAUUACAAACUCAAGAUAGAAUAGGUAAAUCGUCCUGAUAUGUGAUGGGUUUUGGAGUGAAAGGAGUUAAAAAUCGUUGGAAUGUAUAAUGGAAUCCUGACCUCUGACAAGAUCCUGGUUUCAAAUAAAGUGUUGAUUAUGUUAUGUGAAACGUUAA